UUGUCAAUAAAAAAACCCCAAAAAAAUACAUAAAUAAAUCAUAAAAAUGACAAAAUUAAUAAAGCUCGUGUCUUCUCAAAAUGAGAUCUUUGUAGUGCCCCAAGCCAUAAUAAAAUGCUCGGGAAUAAUCUCGCUUUUCUGUGAAGACGACGACAACGACGAGUUGGAGGAGGAACCCUUGCCCCUGCCCAAUGUAAGCUCAUAUAUUUUGGAAAAGGUCCUCACAUGGGCCAUGUAUCACUACGAGGUCAAGGAAACCACAGACUGGGAUGCCGACUUUCUAAAUAUGGACACGUGCACGCUGAUUGCUUUGGUGGCUGCAGCCGAUUACCUGGACAUACCGGAUCUAUGGGGACUUGGUUGCAAGGCGGUGGCCAAUCUAACGAUGGACAACAGCAACGACAGUGCAGAGAGUUCGCGGCAAAUCUAGAAAUUGCUCUUGUUGUUUUUACAGCCUUCCAGGGUAUUCUAAUGUUUUCUAUAUUAGUUCUUUUUCAUUUAAAAUUGCCAAUGUAAAUUUAAACUUAAUUGUAAACUAUUUCGGAAACUAAAUUAAUUGUAUUUUGUA